AUGUCAGUAAUCACUACCAAUACAAUUACAACUCCAACUUCAAAUACCAUUCCAAUAAAAUUACCAUCAAUUACAGAAUUAACGAAAAGUCAUAAUAAGAAUUCAAACAUUCCAUUAAUAAACUCAAUUACUACAACAUCGCCAACUUCAAACCCUUUAAAUAACGGAAAUAACCACUUAAAUAAUUCAUCAAAAUCGCCAAGAUUCCCAGCAAAUGGAUAUAAUAAAAAUAAUACUUCUUUACCAAGUAUUUUACAACAAAAAGAAAUUUUAAAUAAUAAUUAUAAUAAUGUUCAUAAUAAUAAUAAUAACUUGAAUAAUUCUAUAUCAGACUCAAAUGAUUCUAAUGAUGUCGGAUUCAAAAUUCCACCCAUAAAACCAAAUACCCCAACUUCAAAUUACGUAUUUUCAAAUUCAAAUAAUAAUCAAAAUAAUAAUGGAUUUAAUAAAUUACCAUCACCAGCUUUACCUUAUCAUCAAAAUUCAAGUAAUAAUAACAAUACCAAUACGGUCCCACCUCAAUUACCAUUGAUUUCUAAAAACAGUAUUGGUAGCCAACAAAUUCCAAGUCCAAGUCAAUUAGCUAAUCAACAUAGAGGUUCUUAUUCAUCUUCAUCUUCAUCUUCAUCAACUAGUCCGCAUAUUCAUUUUCAAAAACAUACUAACAUCAACACUUUACAACAAUCCCCAAUAAGUUACACCCCUCAACAACAACCCUUAUUACAUAGAAGUUCAACUUCAUUACCACAAUAUUUACCUCAACAACAAUUACAACAACAACAACCUAUUCCACAACAACAAUUAGUAGCCCCAUCAUAUCCAGAUAUAAAUUACAGACCAGUAAAUAAAUGUCAUAGAUGUGGAACAACUGAAACUCCAGAAUGGAGAAGAGGUCCAAAAGGUGUAAGAACUUUAUGUAAUGCUUGUGGAUUAUAUCAUGCAAAAUUAGUUAAAAGAAAAGGUGCAUUAUUAGCUGCUGAGGAAGUAUUAAAUAAUAGAGUUACCAAAGGUAAGAAUGGUAGAAGAAUUAGUGUUAAAAAACAUAACAACAACAACAACGCUCAUCUCAAUCAUACUAUUAAUAGUUAUGGAUUACAUCCUCAAAAUCAACAAUCUUAUCAUCAAUCUCCACCAUUACAUCAACAACCACAACAACAUCAAUAUAUUCCAUCAAACCCUUAUAAUAUAAUACAUGCUCAUUCAGUUUCAACUAUACCAGCUCCACCUCCACCACAACAUUCACAAUCACAACCAAUUAUAAUUCAUAAUCAUAAUGAACGUAAAUUUUCAUUACCUCCACCUGUUAUAAAUUACCGUCAUAAUAAUAAUAAUAAUAAUAUUAAUCAUAAUUCAAAUUUGCAUUAUAUUCCAUCAUUUCCUUUAGUUCGUCAUUAA